AUGCACUUCCGAAAGCUCGCAGCACUAGCUGCGGCGACGUCCCUCGCCGGCGCGCAGGAAGAAGCCGGCCCCAGGCGCUCCCCGGAGUGGGAAGCGGCCUACGCCAAGGCCGAGGCCGCGCUCCCGCGGCUCUCGCAGAGCGAAAAGAUCGGCAUCGUCUCCGGCGUCGGCUGGGGCAACGGACCCUGCGUCGGCAACACCAGCCCGGCCUCGUCCAUCGGCUACCCCUCGCUCUGCCUGCAGGACGGCCCGCUCGGCGUGCGCUACGCGAGCAGCGUCACGGCCUUCACGCCCGCGAUCCAGGCCGCCGCGACGUGGGACCUCGAGCUCGUCCGCCAGCGGGCCGCGUACAAGGCCGCCGAGGCCAAGGGCCUGGGCGUGCACGUCAUGCUCGGCCCCGCGUGCGGCGCGCUCGGCAAGAUCCCCGCGGCGGGCCGGAACUGGGAGGGGUUCGGACCGGACCCGUACCUCAUGGGCGCGGCGACGCAGGUCACCAUCGAGGGGAUGCAGUCGGCGGGCGUGCAGGCGACGGCGAAGCACUACAUCGUCAACGAGCAGGAGGUCAACCGCGAGACGAUCAGCAGCAACGUGGGCGACAGGGCGAUGCACGAGCUGUACCUCUGGCCGUUCGCCGAGGCGGUCAGGGCCAACGUGGCGUCCGUCAUGUGCUCGUACAACAAGGUCAACGGGACGUGGGCGUGCGAGAACGACGCCGUCAUGAACAAGCUGCUCAAGCAGGAGCUCGGGUUCCCGGGGUACGUCAUGACGGACUGGGCCGCGUCCACGGGGACGGCGAGCGGCGCCAACAGCGGGCUGGACAUGAUGAUGCCCGGCAGCGACUUCAACGGCGGCACCGUCCUCUGGGGGCCCCAGCUCCAGACCGCGGUCAACGACGGCCGGGUGCCCCAGUCGAGGGUCGACGACGCGGCGCGCCGCAUCCUCGCGGCGUGGUACCUCCUCGGACAGGACCAGGGGUACCCGGCGGUCAACUUCGGCUUGAACGUGCAGGCGAACCACAAGGAGAACGUGCGAGCGGUCGCGAGAGACGGCACCGUGCUGCUCAAGAACGACGGCGCCAUCCUGCCCCUCAAGGCGCCGGGCAAGAUCGCCGUGAUCGGGUCGUCUUCGGUCAACAACCCGCAGGGCAUCAACGCGUGCGUGGACCGCAGCUGCAACGUCGGCAGCCUGGGCAUGGGAUGGGGCUCCGGCACGGUGGACUACCCGUACGUGGUGGCGCCGCUGGACGCGAUCCGCGCGAGGGCGGAGCAGGACGGCACGCAGGUCGCGGCGAGCAGCACCGACGACGCGAACCAGGGUGCGGCGGCGGCGGGCGGCGCGGACGCGGCCUUUGUCUUCAUCACCUCGGACUCGGGCGAGGGAUACCUCACGGUGGACGGCAACCAGGGCGACAAGAACAACCUGGACCCGUGGCACAACGGCAACGAGCUCGUGCGGGCCGUGGCGGCGGUCAACCAGAACGUCGUCGUCGUGGUCCACAGCACCGGCCCGAUCAUUCUCGAGAGCAUCCUCGCGCAGCCGGGCGUCAAGGCCGUCGUGUGGGCCGGUCUGCCGUCGCAGGAGAACGGCAACGCCCUCGUGGACGUCGUCUGGGGCGCCACGAACCCCAACGGAAAGCUGCCUUACACCAUCGGGAAGAGGGCCGAGGACUACGGCACCGCCGUGUCGCGCACGCUCGAGGACAACUUCUCCGAGGGCUUGUACAUCGACUACCGGCACUUUGACCAGGCGGGCAUCGAGCCUCGGUACGAAUUCGGUUUCGGCCUGUCAUACACCAACUACACCUACUCAGACGUCAGCGUCACCUCGACAGCGACGUCCGGCCCUGCGGUAGGCGCGGUAGGCCCCGGAGGACGCGAGGACCUCUUCGGAGAAGUGGCGACGGUGACGGCGACGGUGACCAACAGCGGAGGUGUCGACGGCGCCGAGAUCGUGCAGCUGUACAUCAGCCUCCCGUCCGGCGCGCCGGCGGCGCCGCCGAAGCAGCUGCGCGGGUUCCAGAAGCUGAGGCUCGCGGCGGGCGAGUCCGGGACGGCGACGUUCGUGCUCCGCCGCAAGGACCUCAGCUACUGGGACGUCGCGAGCCAGAACUGGAUCGUGCCGGCCGGGACGUUUGGCGUCAAGGUCGGGGCGUCGAGUAGGGAUAUCCGGUUGGAGGACACCUUGGUCGUGUCGUAG